AUGAUGCCAGGUUUAGCGCAGAGGAAUGACCAAUACUCUUUUGGUUUCUGGUCUAAGGAAAUCGAUGGAGUCAGCUACAAUCAGCUGCAGAAGUUCUGGAGUGAGCUGUCGCCGAAAGCUAGGCAGGAGCUACUCAAGAUUGACAAACAGACUCUGUUUGAGCAAGCUCGAAAGAACAUGUAUUGUUCAAGAUGCAAUGGUCUGUUGCUUGAAGGUUUCUUGCAGAUUGUUAUGCAUGGGAAGUCUUUGCAUCCGGAGGGAUCGAUAGGGAAUUCUCCUUGCAAUAAAUCAGGAGCCUUGAAAUAUCAAAAUGGCGGUAACUCAGUUGUCAGUAACGGAUGUGCGGAUGAGAUGCAAGAUCCGUCUGUUCAUCCAUGGGGUGGUCUCACCACGACUCGUGAUGGAUCACUCACGCUUCUUGAUUGCUAUUUGUAUGCAAAGUCUCUCAAAGGACUUCAAAAUGUGUUUGACAGCGCCCCUGCUCGAGAAAGGGAACGUGAGUUGCUUUAUCCCGAUGCAUGUGGUGGUGGAGGCCGGGGAUGGAUAAGUCAAGGAAUGGCUAGUUAUGGUAGAGGGCAUGGAACAAGAGAAACGUGUGCUCUACAUACUGCAAGGCUUUCUUGUGAUACAUUGGUGGAUUUCUGGUCCGCACUCAGCGAGGAAACUCGGCAAUCUCUUUUGAGGAUGAAAGAAGAGGAUUUUAUGGAGAGACUCAGGUACAGAUUCGAUAGCAAGAGGUUUUGUAGAGACUGCAGGCGGAAUGUUAUUCGUGAGUUUAAAGAGCUGAAGGAACUGAAACGAAUGCGGAGAGAACCUCGAUGUACCACCUGGUUUUGUGUUGCCGAUACAGCUUUCCAAUAUGAGGUAUCCAUUGAUUCGGUGCAAGCAGAUUGGCGGGAAACUUUUGCUGAUAAUGCUGGAAUGUACCAUCAUUUUGAGUGGGCGAUUGGAACAGGAGAAGGAAAAUGUGAUAUCCUCAAAUUUGAAAAUGUUGGCAUGAAUGGGAGAGUUCAAGUCAAUGGCCUAGACCUUCGUGGUCUAAAUUCAUGCUACAUUACCCUUAGAGCUUAUAAAUUAGAUGGCCGCUGGUCUGAGGUAUCCGUCAAAGCUCAUGCAUUAAAAGGUCAAAACUGCGUGCAUGGCAGGCUAGUUGUUGGGGAUGGCUUUGUUUCAAUCAAGAGAGGGGAAAGCAUCCGAAGGUUUUUUGAGCAUGCUGAAGAGGCUGAGGAAGAAGAGGAGGAAGACAUGAUGGACAAAGAUGGGAACGAGCUUGAUGGGGAAUGCUCCCGACCGCAGAAGCAUGCAAAAAGUCCAGAACUUGCUCGGGAGUUUCUCCUAGAUGCUGCAACAGUUAUUUUUAAGGAACAGGUUGAAAAAGCAUUCAGGGAAGGAACCGCUCGUCAAAAUGCACACAGUAUCUUUGUAUGUCUUACCUUGAAACUAUUAGAACAACGUGUACAUGUUGCCUGCAAGGAAAUUAUUACCUUGGAGAAACAGGUAAAACUUCUCGAGGAAGAAGAGAAGGAAAAGCGUGAAGAAGAGGAGCGAAAGGAGAAGAAAAAAUCAAAAGAAAGGGAGAAAAAACUUCGCAGAAAGGAGAGAAUGAAGGAAAAAGAAAGAGGUAAGGAGAAGAAAAUUCCUGAAUCUAGCGAUAAAGAAACGCUGCUGAAUUCACCAAGGGAAGAAGAAGAACUUCCAAGCCUUGAUGACGAGAUGAACAAUACCAUAAUCUGUGAGGAGUCAGAAAUUGAAAUUGGGGAUGCAGAUUUGUCUCCACCUGGUUCUCCUGAUGUUCAAGAAGGACAGUGUUUGGAUAGUUUCCAUUCUCCAGGAUUGGAAAACCACUACUGUGACAGCCCUGCUAGAGAGAGUAUAGAUCUUGAAGAUGAGACCGGAUACUUUACAAAUGAUCAUCAAAAACCUGUUCACCAGAAUGCAAGAUACUGGAAAGAACUGCAGUCUGAUAAUGCUUUGAGGUGGUCAGAUAAACACAGAUAUUCGGAGAAUGCUUCUUUUGUCAGUAGGUCAGAGGCAAGAUACCGUAAUGAUAGAUUAGAAGUGCCUUCAAGGAGCUUAAAUGGGUCAAAUAGACAGUUAAGAGUGAAAGCUUCAAAGACUGGUGGCCUGAAUGGCAUCAAGUCCCAUGAGAAGUUUCAAUGUUCCGACAACAGGAUCAGUGAGAGGUUUGACUUUAAUUCUUGCAGUUGCAAACCGAGUAGUGAAUACCGGGUAAAAGUAGAACCUAGCAUCUCUGCAACCAGAAGCAUGCGAGAACCCAAAAGCUUACCCAAUUCGGACUCUGCUCCUGAUGCCUCCAAGCCAGCGUUCCGAGGCAACAGGUAUAAUCAACCAGACUAUACUCGAGAGUUAAGACUUAAAAGCAAGGUGGGCGUUGGUCCAAAUCCAUCUGCAAGAGACUCUGUAAAUUCGAAAAAAGUAUGGGAGCCCAUGGAGCCAAAGAAGUACCCACGAACCAACUCUGACUCUGAAGUAACAAUUAGAUGUUCAACGUUUAAGGUUGAAGAGAUAGAAGACGGUAGUAUUGCUGAGGAGUCAACUAACGUCUUGUCUCAAUGCAAGGCUACGGAGAAGUUGGAUAAUCCCAAGCUUAAAGAUAACAGCAUGGAACCCGGGGAAACAAAGAAUGGGUGGCAUUUGAAAGAUCCUAUGAUGAGCAGUACAUCGAGUUCAGACAAUUGCUCGUCAUGCCUGAGCGAAGGAGAUAGCAAUACGGUUUCUUCAAACAACGGAAACACUGAAUCCUCCUCAACAUCUGAUUCCGAAGACGCUAGUCAGCAAUCUGAAGGAAGAGAGGAUAUAGUUGUUGGUACUCAGAACGAUAUCCUCACAACAGAUACUACUGGGAAGAGUAAAAUCUCGGAAACUCCUAUCGCAGUAACGGGGAACAACACGGAUAAUAACAGUAACAAUAACAUGGCACAUGGCGUUGUUAAUAUGCAACCGCAAGGAGGCAUGUUUCCCCAAAUGUUAAACCAGAAUCUACAGUUUCCGAUUUUCCAGGCUGCUUCGCCAAUGAGCUACUUCCAUCAAGCACCACAGGUCUCUUGGCCCGCAUCACCAGCAAACGGAUUGAUUCCAUUCCCUCACCCAAACCCUUAUCUAUACACAAGUCCGCUCGGAUAUAGUAUGAACGGAGAUUCCCCACUGUGCUUUCAGUACGGUAGCCCGAUGAAUCAUUCGGCAACUCCAUUCUACAAUCCAGGGCCAGUUCCAGUGUUCCAUCCGUUUUCCAAAACCGAGGACCAAGCUCAGACUCUUGAGCAGCCAUUGGAACUAAACGGUUCGGCUCCACCGGAAACACAGACCGUAAGUGAAGACAGCUUCUCCUUAUUCCAUUUCAGCGGACCGGUCGGUCUUUCUAGUGGGAGUAAAUCGAAACCUGCUCAUUCGAAAGACGGGGUUUUGCGCGACUUCGUUGGAAACAACGAUAAGAAAGCGAAAGAGAGCACAGAGGUUGAAGAGUAUAACUUAUUUGCAACGAGCAAUGGCCUCAGGUUUUCGUUAUUCUAA